AUGGCAGACCUUGACAAUGGCAAAGUGGAUGCUUUCCAUGUCGAGUCGAGUCCGCCACCAAAUCACAAACUUGGCGAAUCCUCCAAACACGCAGACCUCGCCGCCGACCUGGUCACCAGCGGACAACGCCCUGUCUUGACCGAAGCAGACUCGAAACGCAUCCGACGAAAGACUGACAAGACCAUCCUCGUCAUCCUCAUUUGGGUUUAUUUCCUCCAGAUCCUGGACAAAUCCGUGCUUGGCUAUGGCGCUACUUUUGGCUUGCAGACUGACACGGGGCUUACGGGCAACCAGUAUUCGCUGGUGGGUUCCAUCGCGCCUAUUGCUCAAUUGGCCUGGCAGCCGUUUUCGUCGUAUUUGAUCGUGCGUGUGCCGCAUCGCAUUCUCAUGCCCGCGCUCUGUCUUGGAUGGGGUAUUGCGCAGGCAUGUAUGGCUGCCUGUCAUAACUUUGAAACAUUGAUGGCCGCCCGGUUCUUUUUGGGUUUGUUUGAGGCUGGUUGUUUGCCGUUGUUUAGUGUCAUUACCUCGCAGUGGUACAGGAGAGCUGAGCAGCCGGUCAGAGUUGCUAUGUGGUACGGCACCAACGGGCUGGCAACAAUUGUUGCCGCGGGCCUCAGUGAUGGAUUGGCGCAUAUCAAGUCGGAUGUCCUUAAGCCUUGGCAAAUUAUAUUCCUCUUCGUCGGAUGUCUCACAAUCGCAUCCGUACCAUUCGUCUACUGGAAACUCGACGACGACAUUCCAUCUGCCCGGUUCCUGACCGAGGAAGAAAAACCCAUGGCCGUCGAACGACUACGUGCUAACCAGACUGGUACUGGUUCAAGAGACUUCAAAAUCAAGCACGUCAUUGAAGCCAUUAUCGAGCCCAAAACUUGGCUGUGGAUUGGCAUGAGCAUGCUGCUCAACGUCGGCGCCAGUGUCACCAACACUUUUGGUCCCCUAAUUCUUUCCGGCCUCGGAUUUGACGCAUACACGACCAGUCUGCUGAACAUGCCCUUUGGUGCAAUGCAACUGUUGGUCAUCAUUCUAGCCUCAUACCUUGCUCAAAAGGCGCAUAUCAAGGGUGUUAUCCUCGCAGUUACCAUGAUCCCUGUAGUUGCGGGUCUUGCUGUUCUGUAUGCCGUUCCACGCUCUGGUCACACCGCAGCUUUACUUGUCGGGUACUAUCUGCUCGCAUUCCUGUUUGGGGGCAACCCACUGAUCGUGAGCUGGAUCGUCGGUAACACUGCCGGCACAACGAAAAAGUCCUUCGUAAUGAGUGCAUAUACCGCUGCUAGUUCCGCGGGAAACAUUGUCGGACCGCUCCUUUUCAAUAAAAAGGACUCGCCGGCCUAUCACCCUGGUCUUCGAGGCUGUCUUGGCAUUUUCGUCGCUCUGGUCGCAAUCAUUCUGUUCCAGUGGGCGAAUUUGAUAUUCCUCAAUAAGCUACAAGAGCGCAAGCGUGUCAAGAAUGGAAAACCAGCCAAGAUGGUCGAUCACUCGAUGCAAGACCAAUAUCAUGAUUUCGAAGAAGAUAAUGCCGAUGCCAUCGUCGAGACUGGCAUGGCAGAGCACACCGUCGCUGCGUCCGAGGGAGAACUGCAUGAGAGGUUUGGCCAGCAGGCCUUUUUGGAUUUGACGGAUCGCCAGAACGAUGAGUUUGUUCGCUCUGGCCUAAAUCGUGGCAACGCUUGGCAAGAGAAGACAGCCAUGGACCCCGCGUCUCCGCGUGACGUCACCUCACCACCAAAACAAAACACGCUGAAUGCAGCGCUGCGACAGGAACAGGAAGUCAAUGUGCACAGAGAUGGUGAAGUGCAAGCCGCGCAAGUGAUCCAAAGGUACUACCGCGGGUAUCGAACGCGCCGAGAACUCGAAGGAUGGUCUUUAAACUCAUCGACGCGCUGGCUAGAAGCUGUCAAAGACGCACAAUGGCACCAAGCAAUGCAGGGGCAGUAUCCUACUGGCCAGGAGGGUGAUAACGAGCACCAAAGUCACGAGACGGAUCUAUUCGCAAACCAAGUCGAAGAGGGCGAACAAACGCGUCGUCAGAGUUCAUCUUCUCUCUCCCCCGAUGUGCGCAAGAAGUGGAAAUUCGCCGGCAAGGUUGCAUUGCGAGCAAGUGGAGAUGACAAUGCGCAAGACAAGGUUGCCGAGACUGUUGCCUCUUCGUCUUCCGAAACGCAAGUCUCUGAGGCGAAGUUGUCUGGUCAAAAGACGACAACGACAAAGAGCUCGCAGACAUUUCUGUCAAGAACACAACGGCAGUCAACGGGAGACGUCGAAAAGACAGCAAAGAUGAUGGAUUUGCAAUACUUUUUGGAAAUGGUCGACACUAAGCACCGGUAUGGAAGCAACCUACGCGCAUAUCACAACGUGUGGAAAAAUGGCCCAUCAAAGCAAAAUUUCUUUUAUUGGCUAGACUAUGGCGAUGGAAAGGACGUUGAAAUUGAACGGGUGCCUCGAGAUCGUUUAGAGCGGGAGCAGGUUCGAUAUCUUACGCGAGAAGAAAGACAAAAUUAUUUGGUUUUGGUCGACAAAAACGGACGCUUUCGGUGGGCCAAGAAUGAUGAGCGAGUAUGGACGGACAGUGAACAAUACAAGGACAGUAUAAAGGGAGUGGUUCCAAUCAACGAGAGGACGCCAACAUUUCGAGAACAUACUGCCGAAGGUGACGAGAUAUUCACUGAAUCUAGUAGCGAUAGUGACAAUCUCAGCGGUAGCGACGAAGAGGACUCAGACGAGGAGGUGAGACGCUACGUGAACCCGGAUUUCGAAAAUGCAAAGGGUAUCAAAAAAGUUCAAUAUGUUAGCCCGGCCGUGAUUUUUAAUCAAUUGAUGGAAAAGUCACUCAAGAAGAAGGAUAAAUGGAUAUUCGUGGCUGAUAUAGACACUUCCUACCGGAUAUACAUCGGCAUCAAGGAGUCGGGCGCCUUUCAACAUUCGUCGUUUCUGCGCGGUGCACGUAUCUCAGCGGCAGGACUGAUCAAAAUAAAAAACGGCCAACUUCGGAGUCUUUCACCACUCAGUGGGCACUACCGCCCUCCAGCAGCCAAUUUCCGUGCCUUUGUCCAUGCUUUACAACAACAAGGGGUCGACAUGUCCCGCGUGUCGAUUAGUCGGUCGUACGCGGUCCUUGUAGGCAUCGAGGGGUACAUGAAGUUCAAACAAAAGAAGAAAGAUGUCAAGGAUAAGCUUGACGAAGAAAAAUUCAAGGCUUUAAAUAUAUCCGAUGACAAACCCAGUGGCAGUCCCGAUAACACAAGGAAUCCAAGUCGUCGAACCACACAGAACGAUGAGAUUUCAUCGGUUGCGACCAAUUCUGCUGAAAUUCGUGACGAAGAAUCAAGCAGGAAACCUAGCUUUAUCACCGGCCUUGUCAAAACGCUCACUAGAAAGGACUCGCAACCGCAGGGCCAUGCGGUAGAUAUCCGUGGACGAGGGAUACCGGAGGAGGGAGUGCCGGCACCGGUAGGGCGUCGGUGA